UAUAUAGAGAAUAGUUUAAGAUUCCCAAAACUCCAUCUUGGUUUGGUUUCCAACACUAGCCCACAUAAAAAGAGAAAAUAUCUUUCCUUUCGCACCUCGAUCACAGCAGCAGCAGCGCCUACGCAAACAUACAUAAGUAAACCUCCCUGUUCCUUCUCUCUCAGAGCCAGCAGCCACCCACCAUCCGUCCGAGAGGGAGAGGCUAUGGCGCCGCCGGCAGCAGAAGGAGGUGGAGGAGGAGGAGGAGGAGGAGCUGGCCAGCAGAGACAGCAGCAGCAAGGUGGAAUAGGACAGACAAUUACCGGAAUUAUUAGGAUUGCUGUAUUUUGGUAUUUCGCUUCGAAAUUCUUCGCUCCUAAGAAACCUUCCGACCCCUCUGUUCUCAUCUCCAAUCUUUUCCAGAAGGGAGAUUCUCUGGAUAUGUGGUUUUAUCUAUCUGAACAGGAAAAGUUCAAUGACUUCAGCAAUGAAGCUGCACUUAUUUGGCAUGAAACUAGCAUACCUUAUGCUGUUUGGGGACCAGAGAGUACCAGGUCUCUUUCUUUGAAGUACUAUCCAUCUGAGGCAGUGAAGCAAAAUGGCACUAUUUAUGCUCAUGUUUUCUUUGCAAAAUCUGGCUAUCCUCCCGAUCCAAACGAUCCUGAAUACCAACCUCUUUUUGCCUUUGGGAAGACGCACCCUGUGGUGAUUUACUUGCCCAAGUCAAGAGCAGACAAAAGGAAGAGUCUGCUGGGGAACCCGAAAGGUUUUGAUGGAGAGGAAACUAUCUCUCAGGUGGUGGAUGAUAGUGAAGUUGAUCCUAAAGAUGAUGGCCCUGCGGAAUGGGUUUCGUAUUGGAAACCAAAUGUUACUAUUAAUCUGGUUGAUGACUUCACAAGAUACCCACAUAAUGCUGUACCGCCAAAUAUUGCUCCUUUCUUGAAUAUUGAGCCUAGUACAGGGAAUUACUAUCCCACCAUAUUCUUCAACGAGUUUUGGUUGCUUAGAGAUAAGUUGAUCCCAGUGAACGAGACAGCGACUGAGUUGCCACUUAAUCUGGAGGUGGGACCUAUAAGCAUGACAAAAUGGCAACUAUUCCUGCAGAUUGAUCAGUCAUUCCAGAUUCAUCGUAAUUAUGGAAGCAUGCUUGAAGGCGAGGCCGAUGAACUGAAGAGGGUCUUCUUGGAAGGAAAUCCUUACCUCUUGGGGAUUACAAUGGUUGUUUCAUUACUUCAUUCAGUUUUUGACUUCUUGGCAUUCAAAAAUGAUAUCCAAUUUUGGAACAAAAAUAAGUCUAUGGAGGGGCUGUCUGCAAAGUCUGUUGUUGUGAGCUUUAUAUGUCAGCUCAUUGUCUUUCUUUAUCUGCUUGACAACGACACUUCAUGGAUGAUACUUGCAAGUUCUGGAAUUGGUUGCUGUAUUGAGUUCUGGAAAAUAGGGAAAGCCAUGCACAUAGAGAUUGAUAGAAGUGGAAAGAUACCUAUGUUGAGGUUCCGAGAUCGUGAGUCAUAUGCCGGGAAUAAGACAAAGGAAUACGAUGACCUUGCAAUGAAGUAUUUGUCUUAUGUGCUCUUCUUCCUUGUUGCAUGCUCUUCUGUUUACUCGCUCAUGUAUGAACGCCACAAGAGCUGGUAUUCUUGGAUUCUCUCUUCUCUCACAAGCUGUGUGUACAUGUUUGGUUUCAUCAUGAUGUGCCCUCAGCUGUUCAUAAAUUAUAAGUUGAAGUCUGUGGCUCAUCUACCCUGGAGGCAGAUGACAUACAAGUUCCUGAAUACCAUAAUUGAUGAUCUCUUUGCAUUUGUCAUAAAAAUGCCUACACUACAUCGGCUUUCUGUCUUCCGUGAUGAUGUCAUAUUUUUGAUAUAUCUAUACCAGAGAUGGGUUUAUCCAGUGGACAAGACACGUAUAAAUGAAUUUGGUUUCGGUGGUGAGGAUGAGCAGCAAGUUGACAGUGCAGAUGUAGUUGCUGCAAAAGCUGAAGAGAAGAAAACCAACUGAGCUGUUUUUUAGGUCUAGCUUCUGAAACUAAAUUAGAGUUGUAACUUUCAAAUGCAGUUGGGAAAUGUUGGCGGCUUUUUUUUUGGUUUUCCA